AUGGUGUGGUGCGCGUUUAUUGCGUCCAUCGCCGGCUUCAACGUUGGAUGGCACAUCGGCGUUCCAAACAUGCCACAAACCACCAUUGCGGGAUGUCAGGACAUCACCGAUAAUGGUGAUUCAGCACUCCCUCCUUGUCUUCCCAUGUCAGAUUUCACAUGGGGUUAUACUGUUGCCGCAUACCCAAUUGGAGGUCUGGUGGGUGGCCUCGCUAGCAAAUACCUCAAUGUAUAUUUUCCUCGAAGGACUUGUAUGCUUAUUGCCGCUGUAUGGAAUGUCAUUGGCGGUAUCUUAUCAGCUACAUCCAUUAACCCUGUCAUGUAUUCUUUUGGUCGUGCCUUUGUUGGUCUUGGCUGUGGUAUGUCCGGUUCAUCCGUUGCCAUUUACAUUUCCGAAAUCUCGACCAACAAGAGUCGUGGUGCUUUGGGCUCCUUCUUUGAAGUCUUCCUCAAUUUGGGUAUCUUGCUUGCCCAAGUAUGCGGUUUAUAUAUGAGCUACAACCCCGUGUGGCGUGUGCUUUGGGCCAUCCCCUCUAUCAUUGCCGCCCUUCAAAUCGUCUUUAUCAUCUUCACCGUUGUCGAAUCUCCUCGUCGUUUGUGUGCCGAUCAACAACAAGAAAAGGCUCGCUAUGCUCUUGACAAGUUGCGUAAUCAUACCGAUAUUGAAGAAGAACUUGAGAUCCUCCUUAGCAGUCUUGCCGUCAAGGUUGAAGGCAUGUCUAUCUGGGAAGUCAUCUCCUGGAAGAACAAGAAGAUUACAUGGAACACCGUUAUCGUUAUCGUCGUCCAAAUGUACAACCAAGUUGGUGGUAUUGGUCCCAUGUCCGUUUACUCUGUUGGUUUCUUGACCAAGGCCUUUGGUGGUGACAGCGUACUCGCAACGGACGUUGUGUUGGCUCAAGCUUCUGCCAACAUUGUUGCUACCCUUAUUUGUAUCUUCACCAUCCACAAGGUUGGUCGUAAGGGUUACAUGAUGAUCUCUACUCUCGGCCAAUGUAUUGGUUGUACCUUUAUUGUCAUUGCUUCUAAUGUCGGCACCACCGAACAAAUGGGUCCAAUGAUCAUUGUUGGAGCUUUGCUCUUCUCGUUGACUUACAGCACUGGCUGUGGUGUUAUCCCAUGGCUUCUUGCACCCGAGUUAUUGCCAUUGAAGGCUCUUGCAGCUGGUUCUGCUCUCGGCAACGCUGGCAAUUGGCUCAUGAACUUUUUGGUCAACAUCCUUUGGCCUUACAUCGAUGCUGGUGCCGAUACUUACGCUUUCCUUGUGUUUGUCGUGAUCAACUUUAUCGGUUUCAUCUUCAUGACAUUCUGCUUGCCAGAAACCACUGGUCGUUCCCUUGCACAAGGCGAUGAAGAUGAUCCUCUCUCCCGUAGGCCCUCUAUUCACUAUGAUGUCGAAAAAGACAGCAAGGAAUAA